AUGCAGAGAGGACGAGUGAUAGCUUAUGCGUCGCGGAAAUUGAAGCCGCAUGAGACGAGAUACCCUACGCAUGACUUGGAGCUGGGGGCGGUGGUGUUCGCCCUCAAGAAAUGGAGACAUUACCUUUAUGGGGACCGCUGUACAAUUUACACGGAUCAUAAGAGUUUGAGACACAUCAUGGAUCAGUCGAACCCGAACAUGAGGCAGCGCAGGUGGCUGGACAUAGUUAAGGACUACGACUGCGAGAUCCUUUACCAUCCUGGUAAAGGGAAUGUGGUUGUGGAUGCUUUGAGCCGCAAGUCAGUUGACUCUUCCACCCCAACGAAAUGUAUGAGGAUAGCAGUGGACAAUCUGCUUGUGAGUUUGAUUAGAGAUGACCAGGUUGAGGGCAUGCGAUCGGAGAACUGGAAGCUGGAGAGGAUCAAGGGUGAGAAUACCAGGUUUAAGCAGGAUAGUCGGGGAUUAUUGAACCGAUGCGGUCGGGUUUGGGUACCGAUGUCUGGUGGGGUUUGGCAGACGGUUAUGGAGGAGGCUCAUAAGUCUCAUUUCUCUAUUCACCCGGGGGCCACCAAGAUGUACCGGGAUUUGAGUUUGAACUAUUGGUGGCCGUGCAUGAAGUGA